CGCCCACCCGGCGGGGGCGCCGAUUGGUCCGGCCGUGUAGCGAGUGGGUCGCUGGGAGACGGCAGAACGUUGCCAUUGUGUAUGUAGCGAUUGAGGGGGAAACUGUGACAAGGGAGAUCCAGCGGCGAGGGAGGAAGGUGUGUGGUGGUAGUGAAAGUGGAAUAUGGCACGUACCAAGCAGACAGCCCGUAAGUCAACAGGUGGCAAAGCCCCACGUAAACAGCUGGCCACCAAAGCAGCCCGCAAAAGUGCACCGUCCACUGGCGGGGUGAAGAAGCCUCACCGCUACAGGCCAGGCACCGUGGCCUUGCGAGAGAUCCGCCGCUACCAGAAAUCGACCGAGCUGCUGAUCCGCAAGCUGCCCUUCCAGCGCCUGGUGCGCGAAAUCGCCCAGGACUUCAAGACGGACCUGCGCUUCCAGAGCGCGGCGAUCGGUGCCCUCCAGGAAGCUAGCGAGGCCUACUUGGUAGGCCUCUUCGAGGACACCAACCUGUGCGCCAUUCAUGCCAAGCGAGUCACCAUCAUGCCCAAGGACAUCCAGCUGGCCCGUCGUAUCCGCGGCGAGCGGGCCUAAGGCGGCUUCCGGGUGGAAGGAGGCCGGGGGGGGGGCACUACCCUGCUCCCUUUGUUCGGUAGUUCUGUCGACUGUUCUAGAAUUUUCCUCUGAGGAAACUGUCGCUGUUCUAACUCCUUCCUGGGGGAGGGGUGGGUGGGGCUGGGUCUGAGGCAGAAUUAUAUAUAUAUAUUUUUUUUCUUUUUUGUUUCCUUCUUCCUCUCCCUCUCCUUUUCUCUUCUCACUACCCCCCCCCCCCCAAACAGCAGGUGAAUUGAGGCUCGGUGCUUCAGUCAAGUGUGGGACUGCCGCGCCCCACCUGUCCCCGGACCGCGCCCGACUCCCACGCUCCCCAUGCCGUGCGUGCGUCGCGGGGAGCGGGAGUUCGCCUCCCUUCCUGAGUCAGUCGCUUGAGUUCGGGGGGUGGGGGGGUGCGGGGGAGCAUUGCAGAUUUCUACCGGUAGGGUGAGUGGUACAGGAGCCCAGCAUUGCCACACUCAGGGGUUGGGGGGGCGGAAUUCCUUGCCUUUUCCUUGGUUUUGCACCCCCCCCCCGGCGCCAAAAUCCCCCGAGGAGCAACAGGUGGAUUUACCAAACACGUUGGCUUGCCCAUCCAGAACCUGCUGUCCUGCCCUCAGUGUCCAGCUGUGCGUAGACGUCCGUUCAUAUUUUAAGAGAACAUUGCUGGCUGGUGUUAAAACUUUUUUUUAAAAAAAUAAAAAAGUCUAUCUUCUCAUUUUCCUUACCCCCUCGACACCACAAGCAAUAGAAAUGCUUCCUGAUCUCGGCAAUAAAUUCUACGUCAUCCUGCCCCCCCCCCCCCCAACAGUCCCAAAGUCACCCUGGCAUGCUACUACAGGCCCUGCAUUUGGUAAUGGAUUUUAUAUCGCCGUAACGCAAAAAAAAACUAUUUUUCCAUUGACUUCGUGAUAAUGGGGUGGGGGAGGUGAGGAAAAACGACAAUUACAAAGGGUGCUUAACGUUUACCACCGAGCUUCCCGCUGUUUC